AUGGCUGACGCCGAGUCCCCGUCGCAACCAACGGGCUGGCGGAUCGCCAAGGCCUGUCAGGAGUGCAGGAAACGGAAGAUCAAAUGUAACGGAGCCAACCCCUGCAAAACCUGUCAAGUGCGUCGGACCCCGUGCAUCUACCGCGAUGUCAUCCGCCAGCGCAAGAAGAGAUAUCAGUAUCAGGAGAGGCCCGAAAAUGAUGAACUGGGUCCCAAUGGGGCCACUCGGCCCGACGAAGGUAGCGCUAUGCGGCAAUUGUCUCCCGGUCUCGCACAGCAGCCCCGUCGGCGAAACCCAUCCGUCAAUAUGAACUUUAACAAUAGUGUGUCAGCCACGCACAUGACAUCGCCCUCAUGCAAGGUCCAGCUGUACUAUGGCUCGACCUCGCACUUUGCCCUCAUGCACGAGGUCUACAGAGGCUUGGUGGCGAAUAACCACUCGGCCGAGGCUGAACGGCCCCCAGGCGAGGUCGAGGAAGCCGGAGCGGGCUUGGACAUGUUCAGCUUCCGUCGGAUUUUCUUUGGCACGCCCACCGACAAUCAUGAUGCGAACAAGUCAGCCACGGGCCUGGACUCCCAGCUGCUAUUUCUGCCUUAUGAUCUGGCCAAAAUCUUUCUCGAACGUUUCUUGGUGACUUUAUACAAUCUGUCCCCUGUUUGGCCGAAAGAAGAGUUCUAUCACCAAUUGGAAAAACUGUAUGGUCAAGGGCCUGAGGCUCGCCCCGACAAAGGGGCGCAGUCAAUUCUGCUCGUAGCAAUGGCGAUUGGCGCGCUGGCUACCCAACAUCAUAGCUGGGGCGAUACGCUAUACGACCGCGUCAAGAUGUCCACGCAUUCGCUGGACGAUGUCCACGCUCAUUACCAAAGUGAACAGGGCCGGCCCAACUCGACAUUCCUGUUAAUGGGUACAGCCGCACGGAAGGCUAUUUCGGCUGGUCUGCACAAAGAAGCCCCAAACGAGAGUGGAGAUGCCGCCGACAGCACCGAAGAACGACGUGCCACUUUCUGGUCUGUCUAUUUUUACGAAGUCUGGACGUGCUUUCAUCUUGGACGGCCAUGUUCUUUGUCUUUGAAGGAGGUCAGUAUAGCUCCACCCGAGGAUCCUUUCUUGCGGGUCCUCACCAGCCUGGGCAAGAUCGUGGCUCGAUCAGCAUGUGAGAUGUACGGCCGCCGCCAUGAGUCUUUACUGCAAAUGUGGAGAAUCGCGAGAUCCAUCGUUGAUGAACUCCGUGGGUUUGAUACCUUGAUGCGGCAAGCACUGGGGUUUGGGUUGGACAAAUGUGCUCAGCCAGGAAGUCUUGGAGUACGGCAGAUUAUCCUGACAACCCUGUACUAUCACACUAUUCUUCUGACCUUUCGACCAUUUCUUAUUUUCCGUGGCCGAUGGCAGCAGGAUAUGAAGAGGUCAACUCAGACCAGGAGUACCAAACGACCUACAGAAAUCCCCUCCUGGCUCAAUGAAGCCUGCAACCAAGCCCUCAGCGCUGCGUGCCGUACUAUCCAUCAACUAUACGAAGCAUCGGCGUGCAAUGAACUUGUCAGGGAGUUGCGGUAUCAUGGGUACUUCCUGGGCAACUCAUCUUUUGCGCUCAUAUACGACCUCAUGCAUGGUGAAAACCUCGCGGCCACGCACCUUCCCUGGAUCCAUGCUGCCGUGCAGGGGAUGUCAUUGAUGCGACCCGGAGAUCCGAUCAAGAGCUCCAUCACCGCGAUUCAAACAGUACUGAGGAAACUCCAUCCGUCGUACGAAUGGGUAGCACCCGAGACGACCAAAAGCCAGGUAUAUGAUUACGGACACACAUCACCCGUCAAACUACGACGAUAUCCCACACAGGUUCUCAACCCAGAGCAGAAUCCCAUGCCUAUGGCUGCGCCUGGCGAUCCGUCGGCGGCGGGGGCGCUCCCCAUGUUGUCUGAUCUACAAGGGAACUCUUUACAGGAUGGCAUACGUAUACCCAGCAGUAGUGUGGGAAGUGGGGAUGAUCUUCUGGAUUUCACCCAAUCCGACAUGGGCUGGGAUUUUGAUUUCUCCACGAUGGAUCUGGAGGCUUUCUUCUCAAUUAACGCGAAUAUAGACCCGAUGGUGUUUUGA